CCCUGGCUAGACCUUCCGCCCGUGCCUGAUUCAGCCCUGCCAGACACACGUAGCACGCCCAACUUCACUUUCGUGCUGCAGCUUGACGCGAGGUGGAACUGGAACAGCUCGUCAAAGAACAAGCGCCUCCAAACUCCCCCCCGUCCGGAGACGACGCGGACUCGCCCGUUCUAGAUAUCGAGCGCGCCUCCCGUACCGUGUCACCCGCGUCGACCGACCACGAGAGCCGCGCAGCCAAGAUCACCCAUCUUGAUGCCAGCAGCGCCUCGGACGAGCAGCACGUCGUGAUGAAAUGCCUCCUCCCGCCGCACCAGCCGUUGGAUUUCACGUCGUUUGAAGACUACGAAGUCCAUUAUCAAAAGGCCCAUGUCAAUCGCUGUCAAGAGUGCCACAAGAACUUUCCCUCUGAUCACUAUUUGGGCCUGCAUAUCGCAGAGAACCAUGAUCCUUUGAACGAGAUCAAGAGGUCUCGGGGGGAGAAGACGUACGCCUGCUUCGUCUCCGACUGCGACCGCCUCUGCAGCACCCCGCACAAGCGCCGCCUCCACCUCAUCGACAAGCACCAGUUCCCCAAAUACUACGACUUCUUCGUCAUCAACGAUGGGCUCGACAAGCGGAACUCCCUCCUGCGGACCGGCCACCACCGCCGACGGAGCUCGGCAGCUACGACCACGGCGAGAUCGCGGGCGGCAUCGAAUGUGAAUGUGAGCGUGGGGAAGAGCGAGAAGAGCGUCGAGGAGGAAGAGAAGGACGGGGAGGACGGGAGUAGCGAAGAGGAUGAAGAUGAGGACGAGGAAGAGAUGAAGGAGGGUGUGCCGGAGAGCAAAGCGAAUGAAACUGGAAAGAGCAAGGCAAAGGUUGCCGCGGAUUUGGAUAGUAUCACGUCGUCAAUGUCCGCACUGAAGUUUGUGCCGAAAAGUGUUAGGUUCGGGAGAGGACGAGGGAGAGGAAGGGCCGGGUUCGCAGCGUCCUAGAGCCAUCUCACCACAUUGCCAAAAUCAUGAUAGACCUGGCGGGUACAAGGCAGCAUUGGCGAGUUCUCGACAUAGGUAUUUUGUCAUCUUUGGCGGCAUCACGACUUUAUGAGAAAAGUAGACAUCACGUGAUCACGAAUCAAUGCUCUAGUUCAUGGCGGCGGCGCAUAAACCGAGUAGAUGAAAAAUAUGCC